ACUGAUGGAGAUAAGUGAAAUAUCGGGCAAUCAUUUUCUGAAACCAGAAGGGCGGAGUAUAUGUAUUAGACGGAUAACUUAAGGAACCAGCAGGUAUCGAGAGCAAAUGCGUGUUGACCAAUGUGCCAUAGUUACACUUAUCCCAAAAAUAUUUCCUCACUCUUCAUCUGAUCUUGUUUCAGUAAACACCGCAAUGCUGCCUACGAAAAGUAUCGUUUUUUCUACCAUCAUUGUUUCUGUCUUCAUCAGCCAUGCACAGUUAUAUGUUAUGCAGAAAAAGGGUGGUGUAUACACCAUUGAAGAACGUGUGGACGAUAAUAUGAACGCCGAAAAAAGACCAUUCUGUAACGCAUUUACUGGAUGUGGAAGGAAGAGAUCAAAUCUUCCAGCUCUAACAAGUGAUGGUGAGGAAAUAGAUGAUUCAAUCAGUGCUCUUUUAGAACUGAACGCAGAACCAGCUGUUGAAAAUUUAUCUAGGCAAAUUAUGUCAGAGGCAAAGCUAUGGGAGGCUAUACAAGAAGCAAAUAUGGAACUCAACAGACACCGGCAAAACAGUCAAGGCAAUCUCCAACAAAAACCAGGAAUUCAAGGAGCUGGCACUUGUGCUAUACCACCUUGCUAUAUCUGAAGGAAACGAAAUGGAAAUUGUACCUUGUGAUUUUCAUUUAUAAAAUGUUUUUCAUUUGCAUGGAACUAUCGUUGUAUUCAUACCACUUGAUUGUGUAAAUUUGAUUUCAUUCAUCAUUUCACUCAACUCUUUAUGAAACUUUUUUUUUCAAAUUUAACGUUAAUGAACUUACCUCAUUCUCAUCCUAAUUAAUAAACAGCAAAUUUCACAUAAUGGUUCAUUAUUUU